AAACGCUCAUUUCUGUGGGCAGUAGAAAGGGAACCGAGCCGCAAAUGAGUCCCGGACAUCAACUUCGCUCCGUGGAGGCCAAUUGAUGUGGAAAAUAUAGCAGGUUUUCACCCUAACAGACCAGUUUUUACUGGCAGAAAGACUCUCUGGAAACCCGAAGAGUUUUCCCUUAAGAUAAUCGGGAUCAAGUCCAGUCAUAUCAGAGAAGAGGAGUGCAUGAAAUGCUGAUGAAGCUGUUAUCGUCAUCCCUGAACUUGGCUCCCCCCACCCCGGGAGAAAAGCCGGGACACUCUUGAUUACACAGCUGAUCCCCGUGAGGUCAGACUCUCACUGACCCCAGAUCCCUCUAGAGCAGGACAUGGAUGUUCUCCGGCGAUCGUCUAUGUUCGCCUCGGAGGUCCUGGAUGUCUUUGACCGAUCGCUGACUGAGAAGGAGCUGGCGUCUCAGUCCAAAGCUCUUUGCAGAGACUACAUCCUGUCCAGGCUCAACCAGAAUGGGUUGGGCUGGUCCAAAACUGAAAUGAACUUCUCUCCUCCAAAUGCAGCACUCGCCGAGGUGUCUCUGGUGCUUCUUUGUCUUGGCGAUGAGUUGGAGUGCAUACAGCCAAGUCUGUACAGGAACGUGGCACGGCAGCUUAACAUUUCAGUUGCCAUGGAGAACGUGGUUUCAGAUGCCUUUCUUGGCGUGGCAACGGAGAUCUUUGCAACAGGUAUUACUUGGGGUAAAGUGGUAGCCAUGUACGCAGUUGCCGGAGCCCUGGCAGUGGACUGUGUCAGACAGGGGCAUCCCACCACAGUGCACAUCUUAGUGGACAGUCUUGGUCAGUUUGUCCGCAAAUUUCUCGUUCCCUGGCUGAAGAGACGGGGAGGAUGGGCGGAGAUCACGAAGUGCGUGGUGAAGAUGGACUGCACCCCUGAGCGGCCCUGGCUGUCAUCCGUCAUCGAUUCCCUCAAAUAUUUUCUCACUACGGUGUACGUCUACGUCAUGAAGGAGCAGUGAACUGCUCGCACGGAGCAGAGAACUGGUGAAGAUAUAGGACUGAAAUCUCUGUCCUGUCAAUGAAGGCUGGGACGGAGAUGCGCCUGAUGAGCACUGAACUUUCCCAGCACAUUUCUGUGUGUUGCUGAAUGGCCACUGACAAAUGUUUCAUCAGCAGCAUGUUGUGUUUUGCACAAGCCUGCAAGGGAUUACCCUUCAACCAGAGUAGUCACCUUGAUGCUUUGAGGAUAAUAUUAAUAUUUAACAUAUUUAACAGCAUAAAUGUUAUUUUUCAUACCCUGCUCCAUCUAUUGUAUGCUUUUUGUCACUGCUUAUCUAAGCACAGUAAGCCCACCUUCUCUGGUUUAAUGUGAGGCUGUUCAUACUGCUGAUGUACUGUGUGAGAUUUGCUCUUUUUAGAACAUAUAUUUUGAGUGAUGAGCUGAAAGUGAACUCUGGGUUUGCAGUGAAAUUAAUGCUGAUCUUGCUGGGACAGUACCUGAGAGGUUUCUGCUGUCUGAAUGGGAGCCUAUAGAGGAUAAGAUUUCAGCCAGCUGAAUCCACUUUCCAAACAGUACUUGGCUGUAUUAACUGUUUACGUUUCAGGAGAUCAAACUAUUGUACUAUCAGCAAAGCAUAAUCUUUGUCUCUCUUCAAAUAUAGCUGAAACUGACAUGGUAAUUUUUUUUUUUCCAAUGUAAACACAACCAGAAUUUUUUGUUUUUAGCUAUACCCAUUUUUUUAAACAAAUAACUUUUAGGAGGACAUGCACAGACCAAAUGUGAGAUUUUAGCUUUGCUGAUUUCAGUUUUUAACCUGUAUAUUUUAUGUAUGAUUUUAUAUAUAUAUAUAUAUUUGGUAAUAACCAACAACAGAAUCCACAACAGCAUAAAAGCUACAAAUACAACAAACACUUCAGGAUGAACAUGUGUAAUGGGUUUAACGUUCAGUGUUAAUUUUGCAGUUCGGUUUGUCUGCUCUUGUUUUUUUAAACCCAUAAUAAAUUUCGUCAAAUAUUUGCGAUA